UCAUGUUCUACCCUUUAAAACUGUGGCUUUCUUUUGCCUCCCAUCAUGCACCUGGAUGCGUCAGUGACCUCUGACCCCCGGGGGCUCCUCUCUGAUUCCGUGUCUCUGUGUGUUUCAGGUCUGGUGAAGCUCGGCAUCCACUGCGUCACGUGUCAGAAAGUCGCCAUAAAGAUCGUCAACAGAGAGAAGCUCAGCGAGUCGGUUCUCAUGAAGGUGGAGCGGGAGAUCGCCAUUCUGAAGCUCAUCGAGCACCCUCACGUCCUGAAGCUGCACGACGUCUACGAGAACAAGAAGUACCUGUACCUGGUGUUGGAGCACGUGUCCGGCGGCGAGCUCUUUGACUACCUGGUGAAAAAGGGCCGGCUGACGCCCAAAGAGGCCCGAAAGUUCUUCAGACAGAUCAUCUCGGCCCUGGACUUCUGCCACAGCCACUCCAUAUGCCACAGAGAUCUGAAGCCGGAGAACUUGUUGCUGGACGAGAAGAACAACAUCCGGAUAGCGGACUUCGGCAUGGCGUCUCUGCAGGUCGGGGACAGUCUGCUGGAGACCAGCUGCGGAUCUCCUCACUACGCGUGCCCAGAGGUGAUCAGGGGGGAGAAGUACGAUGGGAGGAAGGCGGAUGCGUGGAGUUGUGGAGUCAUCCUGUUUGCACUUUUAGUGGGCGCUCUGCCGUUCGACGACGACAACCUGAGGAACCUGCUGGAGAAGGUGAAGCUGGGAGUUUUCCACAUGCCUCACUUCAUUCCUCCGGAGUGUCAGAACCUGCUGAAGGGGAUGAUCGAGGUGGACGCCGGCAAGAGGUUCACGUUAGAGCAGAUCCAGAAGCACACGUGGUACCUAGCUGGUAAGAACGAGCCGGAGCCGGAGCAGCCGGUGCCCAGGAAGGUGGCCAUCAGGAGUCUGGCUGCAGCCGAGGAGAUCGACCCCGACGUCCUGGAGAGCAUGCACUCUCUGGGCUGCUUCCGGGACAAGGAGAAGCUGAGCAAGGACCUGCUGUCUGAGGAAGAAAACCAGGAGAAGAUGAUCUACUUCCUGCUGCUGGACCGCAAAGAGAAGUACCCGAGCCAAGAGGACGAACCCUGCCCGCCUCGCAGCGAGAUCGCGGACCCGCCCAGGAAGCGCGUGGACUCGCCCAUGCUGAGCCGCCACGCAAAGCGGCGCCCAGAGAGGAAGUCCAGGGAGGUGCUGUGCGUGACGGAGGGGGGGUCUCCGGUACGGGUGAGACGGCCCAUCGACAGGGCGACCCACGCCCAGAGCAAAUCUGUUUUCAGUAAAAGCUUGGAUAUCACAAACGCUAACUGCAGCAAGGAGGAAAGAUCGCGAUCGAUCAGUGGAGCGUCCUCCGGUCUGUCCACCAGUCCUCUCAGCAGUCCCAGGGUGACCCCCCAUCCCUCCCCCAGAGGAAGCCCCCUCCCCACCCCCAAAGGCACCCCGGUGCACACGCCCAAGCACAGCCCCGCCGGCACGCCCAGCCCGACGCCGCCCCCCAGCCCGUCCAUCGGCGGGAUGCCCUGGAGGACGCGCCUCAACUCCAUCAAGAACAGCUUCCUGGGCUCGCCGCGCUUCCACCGCAGGAAGAUGCAAGUUCCCACCCAGGAGGACAUGUCCAGCCUCACCCCGGACUCUUCUCCAGAACUGGCCAAGAAGUCGUGGUUUGGUAACUUCAUCAACCUGGAGAAGGAGGAGCAGAUCUUCAUCGUGAUCAGAGACAAACCUCUGAGCUCCAUCAAGGCGGACAUCGUCCACGCCUUCCUCUCCAUCCCCAGUCUGAGCCACAGCGUCGUCUCUCAGACGAGCUUCCGGGCCGAGUACAAGUCCACGGCCGGCCCCACGGUGUUCCAGAAGCCCGUCAAGUUCCAGGUGGACAUCACCUACACGGAGAGCACCAGCGCCACCAAGGACAACGGCAUCUACUCCGUCACCUUCACCUUGCUGUCGGGUCCGAGCCGGCGGUUCAAGCGCGUGGUGGAGACCAUCCAGGCCCAGCUGCUGAGCUCCGACCAGCCCGGCAUGCAGCCGCAGAUAUCUGGCAGCCCCUUGAGUAACUUCUUUGACGUAAUUAAACAGCUCUUUUCAGACGAGAAGAACGUCCAAGCGCCCACCCCCCCCGGCGCCCCCUCCACGCCUAGCCCCCCUGCCGCCAAGCAUGCCCCCGGCAGCCCCCCUGCCCAAUGUGACUCUAAGUGCCCCCCCGGCAGAGACAAAACAAAGAUGGCCGCCAGCGCCCGGACGGCGGAGCAGCCUUGAGGGGCGCACGAGUAGAGAGACUGGAUCCGUGUUUUAGCAUAAGUAGCUAAUGUAGCCUCCCCCCUCCCCCUCCCCCUGUCCCUCUCGCCUGUGUCCUCGGGGGGGGGGGGGGU